AGAAUCCCGCAGAUUCCCUAUUUGACCUUGCUGGUACUUUAUUAAACAGAGGAUGAGAGAUUUCACAGCUAGAAUUACUGUAGAAAUCUUCAGGAGACUUCUAAUAUGGCCCUUAGAUGUGACAGAGUCCUUAAGUCAGUGCAUACAGACAGCGCCAGCAAUGCUGUGGUGCGCAAGGCGCCCCUGGGUAGCGGCAGGCAGCUGCUGUAGGGUCAGGCUGGCUCGGCUGCCUGGGAAGCCCAAGCGCAGGAGUGCUCCGAGGCCAAAGGGAGGCGAGGGAACCCUAGAGGUAGGUGAUGGACAGGGCUCUGACUUGGCAGCUAGCUCAAAACCUGGGGGGGAAAAAACGGCAAGAAAAGCGAGCAAGUAGGGACGUGGGAACACGUGGGAAGUGUUAACUUGAAGAUAGCUGCUGUCCUCAAAGCUAAAAGGUCAGCAUGGACAGAACAGGUGACCAGAACUCUCCUCCUCCUCCUCACCCACGCACUCUUUUUAGAAGCAUAUUAGUACUUCAGGAAAAUGACUGGGCUACGUGGGAGGCAACUCCUGUACCCCCCAGACAGGGAGUGGCUGCUGAGACCUGACCUUCUGAGAAGAGCUCACCAGAAUGACCAGCGAGGUGGGCUAAGAGGCAGGGCCCCAGCUGCUGCAGGGCUGCAGCUGCCAGCAUGCCUGCGAGGGGACACUGCUGCAUGUGUGACAGCACAACCUUGCUCACGUCAGCCAGGGAAAGUGUUACAGCCCUAUUGGUCAUGGAGUUUGAAGAAAGUCAUCUGGAAGCCAGCUGUACAUCCUAUUCCCAGAGCAGCAAGCAAUACUGGGAAGUAUGUAAUGGUGAUGGGUGUGGUGCGGUCCUGCAGUCCUGAGCCUGUGCUUCGAGCCUUAAAGAUGACAGAUCUUUCUGAAAACCCCGUGCACAAGGAUAUGUGGAGCCUUGAAGUGGAGGAUUUGCACAGAGUCAUCCCCUAGAUAUUUUUUCUUCUGCCAAAAACCCCUGGAAAUGUACUUUUUUUUUUUCAUUUUUCCCCCUCUCAGCUGUAGAGCAUUGAGCCAUCCUGUGUAUUUGCAUUUUCAAACAAGCACCGGUUACUCUCCUGGAGUAAACCAAGGUGAGAAGUCAGGCUCAGAGUUAAGUGGAGGGAUCAGUGCAUAUCUGAUAAUAAUCACAGUGUACAUCUCUUUCACAGUCUCUUUUUAUACCAACAGUUUUGAGAAACACUUGAUGUACUAAGAUGUCUGUGCUAUUAAAAUUACUACAUGUUUA